UACUUCUCAUGGUCAAACUGCUUCAGCUGUCUCAGUUUUGAAGGGUGCCUUCUCCAGACUGCAUGUUUCCGCUCCUUCCACAGAUGUUCAGUAGGAUUUCGAUCAGGGCUCAUAGAACGCCACUUCAGAAUAGUUCAAUGUUUUGUUCUUAGCAAUUCUUGGGUGUUUUUAGCCAUGUUUUUUGGGUCAUUAUCCUGUUGGAGGACCCAUGACCUGCGACUGAGACCAGGCUUUCUGACACUGGGCACCACAUUUCGCUCCAAGAUGCCUUGAUAGUUGAGUUUUCAUUGUACCCUGGUCACCCUGUGCAAGAUGCAAAGCAGACCCAGAACAUAACCAAGCCUCCUCCAUAGUAGCUGAUUGAGAGAGAUGAGCAUCUCCAGGCAGAGGGAACUUGUGACUGCCUAUGAUUGCAGUUUGGAGCAGCAAAUUCUGAGACAAGGCUCCAACUUGGUGUGUAGAGAUGAGGACCUGUGGAAGCAAGUGGAGGGGCUGUUGCGGAAUGGAGAUGCUCAGGAGAUGCACUGCCUGGGUCUGGAUCCACUGAGGGUGAUGGAAGAGUCACUAGAAGCAGCAGCAGAAACAACAGCAGCCAGCACUGGGAAAGUGAAAGCCAGAGGAGGCCUUCAAGGGCUGGCUAAAGCCUUCGAGGUUGUGGAGCAAGCGGCCUUGAAUCUCUACCUUGGCCCCUGGCGGGAGGAGUACAAAGUUGUCAAGAUGUACUCCGGUAUAUUCACCCACUAUGUCAAACCAGUGCUGUCGAUGCCACAGAUUGAGAAGCUGUUCAGCCUGCUCGGAUACCAGCUCAGCUCCUCCCGACAUGAGCAGCUUCACCUCCAGUCACCCAGAGUCAGUCCUGGCUCUUUGGACGACCUCCUUCGCUUGUCAUGUGCCUUCUUCCUGGCCCGCUGUGAGUGUUGUCUCCUUCUGAAGGCUCUGGGGAAGCAUGUUGGUGAUGCCCAGUGGGAGCUGAAUGUGGUGAGGGAGAGGCAGAGAGGAAACAGACUACAGGUCGCACUGGACAACACCAAGAAGAUGUUGGAAGUCAAUCAGCCAUCGAUGAAGCAGUUUGACGGUGAACUGGAUGUUGAUCUGUACACAGACGAGCAGCUUAAUGGGGGGCAAAGGGAGACGGAUGUCACUGACAACGAGAAUCCUCGCUCUUUGACCUGGGUGACUCACAGCAGUGCAUUAGCUCCUGCUGUCAAAACACAAAGCAAUGGAGUGACUUCUCUGUCCUCUUCACACAACCCUCUGACCACCAGAGAUGACAUUCGCACCUCUACACUCAAGUGCCAGCUGAUGAAGACGUCACCACUGGCAUCAGACACUACCAGAAGCUCCUCAGCUAGCAUGAAGCAAGGCAAACAUCCUUCUGAAGAGACAACGUUUGACAUGGGAGACUCGCAGUCUUCCAGUCUGCAGGUAGAGGCAAUGGGGCUUGACAAGAUCCAGGCUGACGUCAGCCAUUUUUGCAGCUGUCUCCAGUCUUCUCCUAUUUGUCUUAGACACUGUGUUCAGUGCAACACCUUGCAUGAUAUCACCUGUGCCUCACUUCAGCAAUGCCAGGAGAAUCACUGUGUUGUAGUCCCCAACAAUACGAAUGAGAAGAUGGGAGAACAGAGAGCUGUGUCACUGCAGGGUGAGAGCCUCAGAGUCAGUCAGAUGGGUGGAUCACCAGCUCUCACUAGCAGCAGUGCUGCAAUGUCCUCCUUAACUCUGUGCGAUGACCCUAAAGCAAUAACCCCAUCCAUUCAUCCAAUCACCUACCAUGAGUGCUGUGACCUUCGCUGGCCGGACCCUCAGGUGCUGUGUCUCCGGUGCAGUGUCUUGCACUCUGGUUCCUGCAAAGAGAUUGACAUCUGUAAAAGUUACCACGAGAUCAAGUCACUAGGGGUGUGCUCAUGUGGGAGGGCAUGUUCCAGAAAGCCUCUGGUUCUGUGCAGGUAUUGCGGAAAGGAGUAUUGUCGGGAUUGUUGGUAUAGAAGUCCUCUUGAAUGUGUCUGUGGCCAAACCUUUGACCAGUCAUCCUCUGUGUGAUUUUUAUUGAAAAAGUACUGCUAAGUUACGGCACAACUAGGAAAAUCACUGUGCCUUAUAUAUCUGCGUACUGGGUCCAGAAUUCAGUACACUAUUUUUUCUUCUAAUCUGCUCCUCUUUCUGAGACAUGCAUCACUCUGUACUAAUAUUCUGCAAGUGCCCAUAUUUACCAUUAUCAGCAUUUUUUUAAAUAGUGUGUUCAAAAUUGAAGUUGUGAUCACAUUUGUGCACUUAUGCCACUUAAAUGUAAUUAAGUGUGAAGCACAAGGAGGUGUUUUUAUGUGUUUUUGCUGCCUGCCUGAAGUAAAAAUGAUCUACAGAAUCACUGAUCAAGCCCUAUUUGGAAUAUUCCACAAGUUUUUGUGCCAUGCAGCCUCAGUUAUGUAUGUGACUCUCACCGCAAAAUAAUUAUUAUUAAUUCAUCUGCUGAUCAUGUUAUUGUACAAUCGAUAGUGUGUUUGUUUGAAAAAAUAUAAAAUAAUAAAUGUCCAUUACAAUUU